CUGGAUUCAAAGCGCAUUUUUUUGUCUUCGCACAGCGCUAGCCGCACGUUUCUCUGCAAGAAUCAGGAAUAAACUGGCCUAACACGGAAAACCAAUAACCGUGCACCAACUAAACAGACGUCUUUAUUCUCUGGGACUAGCCACCUGCAGGCUCUUUGUAGCCCUCCACGACUGGUCAGCUCGCUUUUCACCAACAUCGAAAAGCAAGCUCACAUGCAGUAAUACUGAAGCGGGAGGAGGUGGUUAAAUAGCAUGAUAAAGAGAACAGAAAGGGAACGGGAGAAAAGCUCCUGCAUUGGAACCUGGAGCAUCAUUACAACAAAUAUCUGACCUCGAUCUUCUCACACGGUGGAAAAAGUGGUUGUAGAAAAGGAGAUGGCGAGAUUUUUUUCUCUCAUCCCGUCUCCUCCUCCAACAGACAUGCUGCCGAGGCUGCUGAUCAUGAUGAUGUUUGCGUAGGAGUGCUUUAUUUUGCGGACAGCGUCGGUUCACCAGUCUGUACUGUUCAAACUCCAGUCAAGCGGUGGAUGGAACUAUGCGUCGCUGACUGUCUUCUCCAAGCACAUCUGCUGAGAUUUUAUCAUUAUUUCUGGACCCCGUCUCGUUUUUUUCGCAUUUGGGGGUGUUUUUAGUUGCCUUUUCAAAAGAAAAUCAAGUCUGGAUCUGCGCAGAACAUGUUUUGCAUUCAGUUUUUAAGAACGUGCGAGGAAAAGUGGUCUUCAGGCAAAGAAUAAGAAUAUCAACGGACAUUUUUUUCCUGUCUUGUAUUAUUUUUUGCUUUCAACUAAAGAGGAUCAGGCCCCUGUGGGUUUUAAUUUGACCCCAGUUAAGACUUAAUUCCGCACGGACUGCAGAUUCUUCACCAUUUAGUUCAUUACUUUAUUGACAUUUGGAGGUAUAUUUUCUCUUUUCUUUAAAAAGAAACGGCUUAAAAAAUAUUUGGUCACUGCUCUCAAGAUUGUGGCCCUGAGAACUGCUACCAGCCGGGGUCGGGACCUUAGCUCCGCGAAGCCACCACUGCCCUAGAUGUGACACACAGAGUUCCUCUUAUCUCUGAAGGGUGUUGAUGGAGAGCCAUUCGAAUGACAGCCGGGACAGUGGUCAUCACUGGUGGAAUUCUUGCUACUGUUAUAUUACUCCUUAUCAUUGCAGUACUGUGCUACUGUAGGCUGCAGUACUAUUGCUGUAAGAAGGAGGAGUCUGAGUCGGAGGAGGAGGAGCCAGACUUUGCAGUAACAUCCCGCCUCCCGCCAGUUCACUCCAAUCACAACAUUGUGGCGGCAACAGCCGCCGCCUCCUCCAUCCCAAAUGGCCCUGCCCUUUUCUCCACCCCUCCACUGGCUAGAAAACUGACACGUUCACAGACCUUCUGUCCAUCUUGUACACACUAUGAGCUGCCUUUCUACCUCCAGCCUCCUCAGCCGCAGCUCCACCACCAGCCAGAUGGGUUGAGGAAUGGAGGUGACCGGAUCAGCUAUCGCAGUGUCCAGCAGCAGGAUCUGGACCUGCCAGUGCCUGUAAACAUUUCAAACUACCGUAAACCAAACCUUGCCCGGUCAGUUACCAUGAGGGACAUGUUUACACGCAGCUGUAGCAUCAGCACUGAUGUUUAGCUGGAUGAAGUUUGGGCCUAAUGUAAAUUCAUGCUUCAGUGAACUGGGAUGAUCUGGUAUCGACUGCGCCUGAGUCAGGCUGUGUUUCUGUCUGUUGAGGAGUUUAGUCUCGUCUAUGGUCUCAUUCUGCCAGUCACCACUUGCAGAAUGGAGGACUCUCAGGACAGUUUUUUAAAAGGUACUACGCUCAGGUCCAUGACUUCACACUUGGGCCAAUAAAGUGUACUAAAAAUGUUUUAAAAUGUCAAGUUAUCAAGAAUAUAAACUUAGUUUGUUUUGUUUCAGUUACUAUAUUUUAACAGAGCCAAUGGCAUUUGUUUUCUGGUUUAAAAUCUGUGUAUUCCCACUUCUUGCACCCUUCUUCCCCUGACCUGAAAACUUACAUAUUAUUACCAUAUCAAAAUGGCAUAAUCAGUAGGGAUCUUCUCUCUUAAACAGCUAGCUGCAAGAGGUGAUGUUGUUCCCUACAUUAUUAUGGGAUGAUCUACUUGUUCCUUUACCACCAAAUUAUAUAGAUUGUAGACUCAUGACGAGUGGACAGAGUAAGAGGGGCGUCAUGUUUUAGCUGCCACCCGCUCACAUUUUGAUAGUUUUAUCUUAGGCCAUAAUAUUUCAAGACAUAAAGGGCUCAGAGAAGAUGGAAAUUCCCACUUUCUUUCCAUAUCCUUUCAUAGAGAUUUAAGAGUAAACUAGUCAAUCUGAGCAUCUACAGGCAACACACAGUGUAUAUACUGUAUUCUACACUCAAAAAGAGAAAAACCUUGGUGUUCCUGCAAGCAGGGGUGAACUAGGUGCCAAAGGAGACCAUGUUAUUGCAUUUAUGUGCAUAAAAUUUAUGUGAGUUUACUGGCAUGCAUGUGUGUAUGAGUGUGUAUUGUGGUCAAUUGUUAUACAAGACUUUGUAUUUAAUUAAAUUGAACACAAUCUGUCAUACUAACAUUUAACCCAGAUGAGAAGUGGGUUGCAAUAACAUUUUGAAUAUUUAUUAUCAACGGUAAAGAGACUGGUUUAUUUUGCCAUGUGCAACUUUACCAGAAAUUCCAGUAAAGGCAAAGAAUGACCCAAGCAGAUUAAAUGACAAACACUAUUUAGUAAAUGUUUCUUUUACAUGCUCAAGCUGUAGAUACAGUCAAAGAAGUGAAAAGCUUUUAGGACAUCAUUUUCAACUUUCAGUGUGAUAUCUGUUGCAGUUGUUCACUGAAGUUUGUGGACUUUUCACUUCAGUCUUUGUGUUGUAUCUGAUUUGUGGAUUCUUGAGCAAAGUUUUGCCCUUACAGGCACAUGUAUAAAUAUUUAACAGGCCAUAACAUACGCUUCAGUCUCUUUCCUCUCUCUCAACCCGUUGGACUGAGGAAAAUGUGCUCUUGCUCUGAGGUACUCAGUGAGAUCCUGCUUGGGAUUGUUUUUAUUUUCUGCGCUUGGCUGACCGGCCUGGCUGGAGGGCUGAUAUUCUGACCGAAGGAGCAGCAGCUGAAUUUUAUGGGCCGAAGACACACAGUUAAUGACUGAAAUUAUUUACUGCUUGAUUUCAAAAGAGAGAAGGCCGGUGAAUGCGUGAGGGGCUUGAAGCUGAUUAGAUUGUCCUUCUUGGACUCUUACAACUGCGCCUAUUUUUUCUCAAAUAGACAAUAGAUGCUGUUGUACCCUCUUCUCUCUAUUUUGGUCUUUCAGUUGAUUUUCAUACACAUUUAUUUACUCAAGGGUGAGUCAGUGCAUACUUUUGUCUUAAGUUUUUUCUAUUACAACAUGUGCAGAAACACAAGGCCACACAUGCCAUUUUGUAAACACAGUCAUGAUGCACUUCAGAGCCAAUUAUUAUAUUAAUAAUAAUAAUAACCAUACCAACUAGAAGCCAAGCUCAAACUUCAAUCGCUACUCUAAAACAAAGCCUCAGCUAUAACAACAGCCCUUUCAAAGUUAGAAAAGUGAAACCAGCAAAAAAUAUGCCAAGGUCUACAACUCUAACUGGUCCCACAAGGACAGCCAUAAGUCACAAGUCUACACAGAGACAGACACACACUCACACACAAUUAUUCCCAGUGCUCAUAUCUCUUAAAGUGAAACUAUCAGACACUUGCACAGGAAAUGUAGUGCCAUAAAGAAUUAUAAAAAAAAAACUACAUUAUUAUUAUUAUUAUUAUUAUUUUAUUAUUAUUAUUAUUAUUAUUAUUAUUAUUAUUAUUAUUAUUAUUAUUAUUAUUAUUAAAUGUAUAUUCAACUACAGUGUUGCUUUUAUGUUUAAGUAUUUGAAUUAUGUGUUUCGUUAAUGAUCCUUUUUUCUUUUGUUCUUUUUUCAGACUUGGUACAAUACAGCAAUCAUGUUUCUUUCCUUGUUUCUAAUAUAUAACUAAUAGACACAUUGUUGCUAAUAAAAUGGUGUGAAAACCCUCUGAU